AUGGAUACUGAGGAACAGCCAUUAGUUAGUGCAGGAAAUGUAGAAACGGGUGCAUUAAGCAGUACAAGUACUCUCUUUGAGGAUAUACCAUGCGAAAAUGUGGGGGCAGGGGCACAGGAAGUGAUGCCACCGCCCACCAGUGCUCAAGGAGAGGUAGAUAAAGAAAUUACACCACCUCCAGAAAAGCAGGAACCAGAGAGUGGUAAUCUGCCUGGUGGAUAUUCACUUCAGGCGAUAUUAGAGCGCGUGCUGGAUUACCAGGCAAAAUUUGCGCAACAGCAAGCCGAGCGAGAUCGCCAGCAAGCUGAGCGAGAUCGCCAGUUAGCAGAAAAUUUACUUGCCCAGCAAGCUGAGCGAGAUCGCCAGUUAGAGGAAAAGUUUCUUGCCCAGCAAGCUGAGCGAGAUCGCCAAUUAACAGAAAAUUUACUUGCCCAGCAGGCUGAGAGGGACCGCCAGCAAGCGGAGCGAGAUCGCCAGCAAGCUGAGCGGGACCAGCAACGUGUGCAAUCGUUAGAACAUAUGAAAAAGGAGAUUGCCUGUAUGAAACAGAAUUAUGAGUCGAUACCUAAGGCCGUGCAGGAGUUGACUGUACAGGUCAACAACCUGCAAGUAGCAAACACUAACAUGGUAGAUGAGAUAGGUGUCUUAGCCAACCGGUUAGAAAAGCUAGAGGUAGAUUCCACACAGCUUGUAGAGCAGAAGUGGAACGAACAAGCGACUAAAAUUGAAACCGAAUUCAACUCAUGGCUAGAAGUGAAGGAGAUUUCGUCCAGUCCGUCGCCCGGUCCUUCCGAUCGGCACGUCCCACCGUCCCAGUCACCAACGGACGGUACAGACGUCCCACCUGACAACCUUGCCGCCGAACAGGCUCCCGCACCGGACGCUGAGGAGACCAGUAGAUCUUCACAACACCUGUUUGACAAUUUCAUUGUACCCACCGACGCCUUCGAACCAGGUCGACGCUCCUCCUUGCCGUCGUCCGACACUGAGGAACACGUGCGCAAACAACGCUCGCCACGUAGGCGCAAACGCCGUCGCCGUUCACCCACGGGCUCUCAGAGCGUUGCCACCCGCGACGACGAAGACGACAGCCAAGCAGCCGACAUUUCCACGCAGAGGUCGGCGGACAACUUUCACGAUGAACAAGACAUUUCGCAGGACGGGACCACUAUGGAGGUCGCCACGCACAAUGUAACAAUCGGUGCGCCGGUUGAGACGCCUGUCUCCCCGCCGACAACUCCAGAUCUCUCUCACCACGACGCAAUUCCCAUGGACAUUGGACAGACCCACGGCACAGGAGCAUGGGCCGACGACAUUGAGGAAGGUACGCCCCCUCCUCCGGAUGAGUUACCUCCGCCGGACGAGGCUACCUGUUAA